AUAGAAUCCAUACAUACAUUGAAACAGUAUCUAACGGUUCUACCUGUAGUUCAAUUGUUUUGUGGCCUUGUUAUCCGAUGGAAUUAGAUUUGAAAUUUUCAAAAUCGGAUAGGACCUCCAAUUGGGGGUUCAGAUUGGUGGGAGGCGCCGAUUUUCAGGAACCGCUAGUUGUUGUCAAGGUACACGAGAAUAGUUUAUCAGAAAAAGCUGGACUAGAAGUAGGCGAUGUUAUAACAAAAAUUAACAAUACUGAUACAGCGACACUAACGCAUUCUGAAGUACACGACCUCAUUGCCUCAGCAGGACUACAAUUUGUUUUAAGAAUAAAAAGGGGAGAAUUUGUAUCACCACAUCUUUUACAAGAUGAGGGUAGAGAAGUUGAAGUUAGAGAUGUACAAGUAUUUGUAGAUGAAGAAAUCAUUGACAAGGCCGAGCAGUUGGCUGAAAUAUUAGGAAAAGAAAUCUUUACAGAAUUUGGUCACCAUAGAGCUGCAGUAAAUCAAAAACGCGAGAAAAAGAUGGUGUAUUCAAAUUCUACACAGACUUAUAUCCCUACAGAGGACAAAGUUAAACAGAAAAAAUGGUCUACUUUUUUAAUAAAACCUGACAGACCUCAACCGCAGCCUAAAAAGACACCUGAAGAACAGAAACUGGAGGAUGAACCCUAUAAAAUAGUCAUUAAAAAACAGUCAAGAAGGAAAUCAUUACCGAAAGAAAAAAGAGUGCAGUUUGACCAAAAUAUUAUUGAAGUAGAAAUAGAAUCAUUAUCUUCGAGAAAUCAAGAUUCUCCAGAAUUAACUAUUUCUCCUGAUCCAGAUAGUAUAGGCUACGAACAAGAUCCAGAUUCUUUAGAAGAAAAUAAUAAUUAUAAUAAUGACUAUAUAGAUGAAAAUGAUCAUCAAUAUCAAAAUGAAGGAUACGUGGAAUAUGAAGAUGAAAAUGAGACAGAUUUUGAUAUACAGUUUAGAAACGAUUCAUUAAACAAACAAUAUAAAUCUAUAUCAGAAAUAAUAAUAGACGAUCCUAACUCAGAAAAUGCAAUGACAUUAGCAGAACAACUUAGAUCACUUCAAAAGCAAUUAGAAGUCUUGUCACAACUUCCAUCUGAUGUUCAAACAACUUUAGAUGCAGUUUCAAAACAACUGGCAAGUAUUGUCGCUAAUAACGAAGAAGAUAAUGAAGACAAAGAAGAUCCUAGAGAUGAUGCAUCGUGUUCUGCUGAAGCGCAAGCAGAUGGAGCCACUGAAGAUGAAGAAGAUUCUAUAGUAGGAGAUGAACUAGAGGAAGAUUUGGUCGUUGAAGAAGAAUUGAAUAAAAUUCUAGAAAGAGCAAAUCUGGAAGACAGAGAGGAGGAAGAGGAAAAAACGCAAGAGAAUUUAGAAGAAAUUAAUAGAAUACACGAAGAAGAGUUAGAAGCACAAAGAAGAGAAGAGGAAUUGUUCGCAAAAAAAGAGAAGGUCGACAAAUGGAACAACAGUUGGCCUUGGUCAGAUACAGUCAAGCCCGUCUACAGGAUCAAUUUCAUGAAGUACACACCACCUCCAAAAAAACUUGAUCACCUUCAACGUUCAGAAGUAUAUCGUUUGAUCCACGGUAUGGAACCACCUACUAAAGGAAUUACAACUAGGCCAGAAAAAAUACUUCCUGAACAGGAUUACUAUGAGGCCUCCAGAGGAACUCCAUGAAAAUUCAACGUAUCUACAUAUGGAAUUAAUUUUAAAUACUUUGUUAUAAUAAAGUGUGAUAUUGUCCGAAAAUAUAUUAAUGAGUACAAAAUAUCUUUCAUUUACAUUAAAUGGUCCAGUUACACAAAAAUAGAACUCUUUUUAUUACCAUCUCCAUUCAAG